ACAACCUACAAAAAUUGCCUACGAGUUUGAUGAAGUGCGCGAUGAUUUUCUGUGUGUGGAGACGGUCAGAAACCAUGUGAUUUGCCACGAGAGCUGAUACCUCGCAGCUUUCGACCCUAUUAUUCUAUCGCCCAAGAGGCACUGCUUCCGUGACUUCCUAUUGUUCUGCCCGUCCCACGAAAGAGGACGGCAGCAAACUCCUAUACGAUCCGUAUAGUACGUUUCGAUGCAAGCUUUUGGCUUCGGGAAAGGAACGGUUGACUUCGGAGUGCUCCUCCCAUCCAUACAAGUCCGUACGUAGUGUCCAGCUGUGAGAUGGUCUCGUCUAUGUUUGCACGUCUCAACUAAUCCCAAACAAUGCCUACGACUCCUGUUGAAUGCUUCCUCUUCUUCUUCCAUGAGCUCUGGCAUCUGCGUACGCAUCUCUGAGGAAGAAGAAGACGGCACAAAGAAGAGGGCUCAUAGAUACAGUUUAUGAGAACAUAUUGCUACAGAGUAGUCACCCUUCAACCAUGCUUUCGGUGAAUCCUUCUUGUUCUCUUCCGAGUGAAGCAGUCUUUCUAGUCAACCAACAAAAACAGAGAUUCCAACUGGCUAAUUUGUCAUGCUUCGAGUUCAUCAGCACACCAUCCAAUUUUAGUUAUCAGCCAAAUUCAGGAACUAAGUUGAUGGAUUUGAUUUGAAACUUUCAUUUAAAGAACCUAAAACAAUUGAGGUCUUAAAGUCAAGCAUCCACACUGCAUGAUGGUUUUGGUUCUUGGUGUUUGAGAUUGGUUGAGCGAGAGGAAGAUCAAUAUAGCUUAGCUGAAAAGAUGAGCAAAAUGAGUUCAUGUCAUUGCUUAGAUCAAUUCGGUCACAAACCAUGAAGAAUUUGAAAGGACUAAAACAACAAGAUUAAGAUUAAGAGAUCUUCUCAUACGUGCCUGUCCUCUCUUGACUUUGGUAUCACUUGAUCAGGUCAGAUGUCGACUUCGGACUCAUCAACCUACAACAAAGUCUCUCCUGCGGUCACUGUUCUUGCCACCACCGGCAUAAUCGCAGGAGGAGCAGCACUCAUUGUCAUAGCCAUUCUAAUCAUAAAAUGUGUGGAGAAAACCAAACAGCAGUCGGUCUCUGCAGAAGAGCAACUACCCACCGUCAGCGCAACUAGUUCCCAUGGCUCUACCUUGAGGAAGGACGUGACCGUAGACAUGGAGCCCAUCUACAAGUUCCUUGAAGACAUCGAGAAGGAGAGGCCCGUGAGGUUUACCCCUCAUCAUCUGGUGCACUUCACCAAUAACUACGCAGAGAAACUUGGCUCAGGAGGUUUCGGAGUGGUCUACAGAGGUCGGUUCCCCAAUGGAGUGAAGGUGGCGGUGAAGGUCCUCCAUGGAACCACGACCUCGGAUAAGAGAACUGAGGAGCAGUUCAUGGCGGAAAUCGGCACCAUCUGCAGAACUUCCCAUGCCAAUCUGGUGAGGCUCUACGGAUUCUGCUUCGACAAGAUAACCAAAGCAUUGGUCUACGAGUACAUGGAGAAGGGGUCGCUGGAUCAGUACCUGUUCAACCACAACGACAGGAUCGAGUGGGGAAAGCUACGGGAGAUCGCAAUUGGGGCGGCCAAGGCGAUCCGAUACCUGCACGAGGAGCACGAGCGGUCGGUAGUGCACUACGACAUCAAGCCUGGAAACAUACUUCUCGACGCGGACUUCACCCCGAGGGUCUCCGACCUCGGGUUGGCCAAACUGUGCGACCGUGGCGACAUCCCCGUCACGCUGACCGGAGCCAGGGGGACGCCGGGAUACGCUGCCCCGGAGCUGUGGAUGCCAAUGCCGGUGACUCACAAGUGCGACGUGUACAGCUUUGGGAUGGUUCUGUUCGAGAUCCUGGGGAGGAGGAGAAACCUCGACGUCCGGCGAGGGGAGAGACAGGAGUGGUACCCCAGAUGGGCAUGGCAGAAGCAUGAGCAAGGAGAUCUGGAGAGCGUGAUUGCGGAUUCUGGAGUGGAGUACAAGUACCAGGACAAGGCCAGGACGAUGUGCAGAGUGGCACUGCUGUGUGUGCAGCACCACCCUGAAAGCAGACCUUCGAUGAACAGUGUCGUAAGGAUGCUGGAAGAGGAAGAAGAGAUCAUCGCCAUGCCUUCCUCAAGUGCUUCGAGCCAAAGUCCAUGGAGUUUUGGGGCAGUGGAAGGCUCAAACAGCAGAGGAAGUGUCACAGGCAGCAGUAGAUCGUAGUGUGUUCUCUUCUCAUCUAAUUGUUCCGAUUUGCUUUCUUCCUUACUCUGUUUCUUCUUUCCUCUGAAUCCCAAUGUAUUGCAAGAAUUCAUGUGAUUCACACACACCAGUGAGCUUAGAAAGGUUUUACCUCCCAAUCUUUUGGGAUAAGUAACAUCAUUUGUGAAUAAUAUUUGUAACAAACGAAUGAUCAGUAGAUUUCUGGUGAUCCAA